AUGGACCACAUGGACCACAUGGACCCACAGGGACCCACAUGGACCACAUGGACCCACCUGGACCCACAGGGACCCACAGGGACCCACAGGGACCACAUGGACUCACAGGGACCACAUGGACCCACAUGGACUCACAUGGACCCACCUGGACCCACAGGGACCACAUGGACUCACAGGGACCCACAUGGACCACAUGGACUCACAGGGACCCACCUGGACUCACAUGGACCCACCUGGACCCACAGGGACCCACAGGGACCCACAGGGACCCACAGGGACCCACAGGGACCCACAGGGACCACAUGGACUCACAGGGACCACAUGGACCCACAUGGACUCACAUGGACCCACCUGGACCCACAGGGACCACAUGGACUCACAGGGACCCACAUGGACCCACAUGGACCACAUGGACUCACAGGGACCCACAUGGACUCACAUGGACUCACCUGGACCCACAGGGACCCACAUGGACCACAGGGACCACAUGGACUCAUAUGGACCACAGGGACCCACAUGGACUCACAGGGACCCACCUGGACUCACAUGGACCCACAGGGACCCACAUGGACCCACAUGGACCCACAGGGACCUGAGGUGCCUGUCAGAGGGGCGCUGGAGUCCGGUCCCGCCCUCCAGCAGGUGACUCUGAGGGAUCAGUCUGCUGUUUAUUCAUGGAGGAAGAGGAGGAGCCACAGCAGGGGGCCCCGCCAUUGGUCCUGGGGGUCAGCUGGGCGGCGGCCGAGCGUUGCAGCCUCCAGUGUGUUGAUGUGUAAAGUUGAACAUGUUAGAUAUGACAGGUGUGUUCCCCAGGUGUGUUCCCCAGGUGUGUCCCCCAGGUGUGUCCCCCAGGUGUGUCCCCCAGGUGAAGCCGUGUCUGUAGACGUUUGGUGUUUCUGUGUCAACGUGUCCUUGAGGAACUACACGAUGCUAAUGUUGAGUAGCCCUAGCUAACGGUGUUUAUGACCAUGACAUGUGUGUUUAGCGGUAGAAACAUGAAUAAGUGUUCACUGUGGUUCUGUGGUCCAGAGGCCCCGCCCCCUCCACUCCCUGUCUCAGUGACCAAUGCAAUAUUUAUGUCCGUGAUGCGUCUGCACAUAUAUAUAUGGUCAUAGUUUGUGUAUUUAAUGUCGUCUGUUGGUCUCACGCUGAGCUAGUCUGCUAAAGCUAACGAGCAGCUGGUGCAUUCUGGGAGAUGGAGGCGUGGCUCUGGGCCCGGCGGUUCUGGUAAAGUGAUAGUUAGGCUUCACCUCGUUAUGCACAUGUUUUUUAAACACUAAUAUAUUUUAUUUGUUAUACAGCACAUGAACAUUAAACUUUAUUUUUUUGAACUCUA